AUGCGAGUAUUUCAAACAGCGUUUAAGAAAUUCAAGCAAAUAAUUCCUUCAGAUUCAAUAGAUUAUGCAAGAAUUGUACAACUAGAGUCGUUUUUGUUUCCUAAGAAGAGAGAAUCUUUCAGCAGCACCUAUUUGCAAAAUUUUCAUAAUGAAUUUUCCAAGCCAAAAAAACAAGAAAAGAUAAUGGAAAAUUUGUGAUUUUUCAGAAAAUGUAAAUGUCCUAAUUACUGUGAAAGCUCAUGCGAGUUUGGUAACGGUAAAAGCGACUGAUAA